UGCCCGAGGGCAGGGCGGCCGGGGUGGGGGGGCGAGAGGAAAAGGAGGUGAGCUGAGUCCCUAGCUCUGUCCCGGGCUGCGGGCUGACGGCCCGCACAGCGUCAGGUGCGCCCGCCAGGUGAGCGAGCUCCCUGGGUCCCGUCGUCCUUGAUUGGUGUACCUUGGGAGCUACAGCAUAUUCCUCACCUUGAAGAUCGAGUGACCAUUGACAUCAGCCAUGUCCUCGAGGCCUUUUGAAAGUCCACCUCCAUAUAGACCUGAUGAAUUCAAACCUAGUCAUUAUGCACCAAGCAAUGACAUGUACGGUGGAGAGAUGCACGUUCGACCAAUGCUCUCUCAUACGGCGUAUUCUUUCUACCCAGAAGAUGAAAUUCUUCACUUCUACAAAUGGACCUCUCCUCCAGGAGUGAUUCGGAUUCUAUCUAUGCUUAUUAUCGUGAUGUGCAUUGCCAUAUUUGCCUGUGUCGCCUCCACACUUGCCUGGGACAGAGGCUAUGGAACCAAUCUACUAGGAAGUGGUUUAGGCUACCCUGUUGGAGGAAGUGGCUUUGGAGGCUACGGAAAUGGCUAUGGUUAUGGCUACGGGUAUGGCUAUGGAGGAGGCUACACAGAUCCAAGAGCAGCAAAAGGCUUCCUCCUGGCUAUGGCUGCCUUUUGUUUCAUUGCUGCCUUGGUGAUAUUUGUUACCAGUGUUAUAAGAUCUGAAAUGUCUAGAACAAGAACAUACUACCUGACUGUGAUCAUAGUGAGUGCUGUCCUGGGCUUCAUGGUGUUUAUUGCCACAAUCGUCUACAUAAUGGGAGUUAAUCCAACUGCCCAGGCUUCUGGAUCUCUGUACGGUUCACAAAUUAUUGCCCUCUGCAACCAAUUUUAUACACCUGCAGCUUCUGGACUCUACGUGGAUCAGUAUUUGUAUCACUACUGUGUUGUGGAUCCUCAGGAGGCCAUUGCCAUUGUGUUGGGGUUCAUGGUUAUUGUGGCUUUUGCUUUAAUAAUUUUCUUUGCCGUGAAAACCCGAAGAAAGAUGGACCAGUAUGACGAGGCAAAUAUUUUGUGGGACAAGGAACAUAUUUAUGAUGAGCAGCCCCCAAAUGUUGAAGAAUGGGUUAAAAACGUUUCUGCUGGCACACAAGACAUGCCUCCUCCGCCUUCUGACUAUGUGGAGAGAGUGUAUAGUCCCAUGGCCUACUCUUCCAACGGUAAAGUGAAUGACAAGCGAAUGUAUCCAGAGUUGUCCUAUAAAUCAACACCGGUGCCUGAAGUGGUUCAGGAGCUUCCAGUGACUUCACCUGUGGAUGAGUUCAGGCUGCCUCAUUACAGCAGCAGUGGUAACUUGGAGACACCUUCAAAAAGGGCUCCCACAAAGCGAAGAGCGGGGGGAAAGUCAAAGAGACCAGAGCAAGACCACUAUGAAACAGACUACACGACGGGCGGCGAGUCCUGCGAUGAACUGGAGGAGGACUGGAUCAGGGAAUAUCCACCUAUCACUUCAGAUCAACAAAGACAACUUUAUAAGAGAAAUUUUGACACUGGCCUGCAGGAAUACAAGCUCUUACAAGCAGAACUUGAUGAGGUCAAUAAAGAACUCUCUCGUCUGGAUAAAGAAUUGGAUGACUAUAGAGAAGAAAGUGAAGAGUACAUGGCUGCUGCAGAUGAAUACAAUAGACUGAAGCAAGUUAAGGGAUCUGCAGAUUACAAAAGUAAGAGGAAUUAUUGCAAGCAGUUGAAGAGUAAAUUGUCACACAUUAAGAAGAUGGUUGGAGAUUAUGAUAAACGGAAAACAUAGAAGGCAGAUUUCACGUUGUUUGAGAGAUUAAGAAGUAUCUGACGUCUCUGCAGUGUUGUCAGAAGGCAAAAUGACUUUCGACUCUAACCCAGGAGCCAAACCUUUGUGAUCAUUACAAAGUUUUGGUAGCUUUAAUAUCAUCAGUUUAUUAUCAUCAGUAUUGAAGCAUUUUAUAAAUAGCUUUUGAUAAUCAACGGGGCUGAACACUCCAAUUAAGGAUUUUAUGCUUUAAACACCGGUUCUUGUAUUAAGAACUAGGGAUUGUUUGAGGUUUUUAAGCCUUUAAGGAAGGUCCAUGAGUGGAUUGUGCUGUGAACUUUCACACCCGAGGCAGUCAUAUCUUAGUGCUUCAUUGGUUCGAAUAGGUGAUCUCGUUUAUUAAUCCUCUCAGAAUUCUCCCUUCAGGUAACCCUUACUUAUAAUCAUACCUUUUCUGAUAGGGAAUCUGGGUCCCAAGGAAACUGGGUCCUGCAAUGAUGUGAAACUGCUUGUUUCCUAGCUUGCAGUUUUGGUUAAGUCUGUUUUAUGACUCCAUUAAUAAAGUUCUUGGCCUUUUCACAUCUUAGAUACUAAGGAUGUCGCUUUGUACCAACCUCCCUAUUAAUUUUUUUUCUGUGUAUAAAUGGUUAAAAGAGCUUUUUGUUGUUUUAUGUUAUCUUGGUAAUAAAGAUCAUGUAAAAGUAACAAAUUGAAAUUUAAAGAUUGUAAAUAUAUAUUUACUUUUUAAAAAUCAAAAUUUAAACCUAUUGGUUAGAAUUUUAUUGUGUAUUUUAAAAUAGUUUUUAAUCUUUUAUGGUUUACAUGCCUUUUUUUUAACCAACUAGGCCUUUUCAUUAUAUCAGAGUAUCCAAUUACAGUUAUAACUUAAUUGUGACUUGAAAUGUAUCUUACAAGAGUUCAAGUUCUGUAAAUACUUUAUAAGGUGUUAAACCAGGUGUUUUCUUUCUACAGUAUAUCUGUUUGAUGUUAUUAGUGCUGUUAGUUUUAAGCUGUGCAAAACUACACUGGGCAGUUGUGUCUGUUAAAUUGUUUUACACUAUUUUCGGUGCUGCGCUGGUUGCUUAUUUCCCAAUCCCUUAGUUAUGAGAAGGCCUAUUUAUCUGAACGUAAAAUGCAAUACCACAAAGCCCCAAAUUGUUUCAAAUUGUGCCCUUAAAUCUCAGCACUUUUUAAAAAAUGCGUAUUUUUGUUAGAAAAGUAAAAGCUGAUAAUACUGGGUAUAUCACUAGCCAAGUUGAUUGUGACUUUCCACUCAAGCUUAGCAUUCUGUUUUUUAUAAAAUGUUUUGAAGAAUAAUCUUUAAUCAUUAGUAUGCAGUUCAGACACUUAAGUAUGUCAACGUAAGAAACAUCCAGACCUGUAGAGAUUUUUGAAUUUAUUUGAGCCAAACUGACAGCAUGCCAGGAAGCAAGAUCUCAACUGCUCCAAGAAUGACAGUUCUACAGUUUCUUUUUUGCGUUUGGAAUUAGGGAGAGAACAUAAGGAAAAUUACAUGAUAGUGGGAGAAAGCUAGGUGGAGACUGAAUUACAGGACAUUUUAAUAGAUUAUGUGCUCCCUUGAGGGUGCUCCUUCUGAGGGGUCUGAAAAAGGAUUAUUCUGGCUUUUCAAAGGUGUGUUAACCUAAAUACACAGAAACAAUAGACAGGGCUUGCUUAAGGCAAAGAUAAGCCUUUUACUCAAGAAGUUGUAUACCUGGGGUGUGACUACCCACCAUGACCUGCCUAGUUAGGAAUUUAUGAUCAGUACUGGAGUUGGAGUUGUCAGAUUUAUUACAGAGCACCUUUUUCAUUCUAAGUAUAUAAUUUUUUAUAUACAAGUCUGAAUCAUUUUCCAAAGAUAAACUUUUAAAUAAUGUUUCUAUUAUAACACCGAUUCGUUUCUUCAAAUUGAAGAAAUUCCUAAUUUUCCAUGUGCUUUACAUACUUAUGACAAAAGGUAAUAGUCCAUGCUUUUCAUAUCUUUUGGAUUCACACCAAAUGGUAAGGACGCUCUUGAGCAACUUAACUGAUUUUUGUGUACAUUAAAAUUUUAAAUCUUUGUUCUUGUAAGUCAAUGUACUUAGUUUAUGAAGGUAAGCUUGCCAGUGUUCGGACGAAACGAGACUAUUCAGCUGAAUGCAGAAGAUCAAAUAGCAUACGUUUGCAUUGUAAAAUUGUGCCAUAAAAUUGGACUUCGAAAUAAAAAAAACAAAAUAGGAAUCAUUUUUCAAAUGUGGUACUUACUAAAGACCACCUCAGGAGCCAGAAUCAAGGUAUUUCUGUUGGGCUUGGCAUUAACUAGCCGGAUGUAACUGAAAAGCCACUCAAGCAGUUUCCUAGUCUGCAAAAUAAGAGAUUUACAUGGGAUUUCAGAGGUCUCUUCCAUCUCUGAUCUAUGAUUCUUAUGCCUGCAUUGUGCUUUCUGCUGUGUAUAUCAUUGUUCCAAGAUUUUGUUGUGAAAGAAUGUGGUCCAUGAGAUAAAGGUUCACUGCACAAAGUGA